AUGAAGCUCAUCACUGUCGCCCUCGCUGGGCUGGUGGCGCUCGUCGCUGCCUCGCCGGUCGAGACUACCGCCGCUGCUGUGGCUUCCAAGUAUGAGAACGAUGAUGUUCACACAUACAAGUGCGACAGCGACAAAUAUGUCCUCUCUUGCCUCCGCUCGGGCACCUGCUCUUUCGUCGAGGCGUGCUCCUUCGCGUGCGCCGACAACAGCAAAGGUGCUUGGUGCACCGGUGCAUCCGAGAAGCGUGACGUCGAUUUCGAUGUUCAUAUCGAGGACAAGAAGACCUACGAGUGCGCCAAGGAUCGCACCGGUGUCUUGGUCUGUCAGUAUGGCUUCUGCCAAACUGACCACUACUGUAAGAAGGGCUGGAAGUGUCGCGACAACUGCAACUGCUGCAAGAAGCCCAGCAUGUUCGACCGAGACGUCGACGACGCCGAGAUCGCUGAGGCAUCUCCACGGUCCAAGGACCCAUCUGUCUCUUCUUCCCAUGCCCCCACCGUCGUCGAGUCGGACACUUUGGCAAAGCGUGAUCCUCCCUGUGCGCCUGGAACCUAUACCUGCCUGGACUCCGCCACAACUGGUGCCUGGAUCAUGACCUGCGACUACAAGGGUGCGUGGCAGUACUCGUCGAACUGCGGUACUCUGAAGUGCCUCGAGCGAUCCGAUGGAGCCGCCCAUUGCUGGAACCCGGGACCGGAGUGGAACACGGAUCUGGCAGCCGCCAAGCGUGAGGCUCCUUGCAUGCCUGGGACCUAUUCCUGCGACAACGACGAAUCAACGGAUGACGCCUGGAUCAUGACCUGCGACUACCGGGGCAAGUGGGUGCAAUCUGCCAACUGUGGAGAUUUGAAGUGCCUCGCGCUAUCCAAUGGUGCCGCGCAUUGCUGGAACCCAGGACCGGAGUGGAAUACGGCAAUUGCAGCUCGUGAUGAACCAUCGGAAGUUCCAUCGGAUGUCGCUCCAUCUCAGUCCUGUGAGCCUGGAACAUUUGGUUGCACCUUCAACUCUGGCACAGGAACGAGCUGGGUAAUCACUUGUUCUCCGUCUGGAAUCUGGCAGAAUGCGAAGCCUACCAUUGGAGCCCGCGACGAGCUUCUCCAAGUCCCAUCAGAGCUGGCUCCAUCUAUGUCUUGCUCACCUGGAGCGUUCAACUGCGCCUAUAGGAACGCGACUCAGACGGAAUGGACUGUCACUUGCGAGCAGUCUGGAUCCUACUGGCAGUGGUCUGCCGACUGCGGUAAGGGUUGGAAGUGCGUUUCGGACGGUCGUGUUGCACACUGCGUCCCAAAACAAGCUUUAUUCGAAGCUUGGGAAGCUUGGGAGGCCACCCAGACCUCCACAUCGACUCUCGAGGUUGAGGCUUCAGCAAAGGCUUGA